GCAACCGUUGCCAAGGAGCGGUCUCUAGGAACCCGGAGAGCCCGGGUGCCUCCCGGUGGGUGGGGAGGUGGUUUCAUGAGGAGAAUUUGAGUUUUAAGCUACAAGACUUAAUCAUGAGUGACCAAAUCAAAUUCAUUGUGGACAGCCUCAAUAAGGAACCUUUUAAGAAGAACUAUAACUUAAUCACAUUUGAUUCUCUGGGACCAAUGCAACUAUUACAAGUUCUCAAUGACGUUCUGGCUGAGAUCGACCCCAAGCAAGAUGUUGAUAUCAGAGAGGAGAUGCCAGAGCAGACAGCCAAACGGAUGCUGAACCUUCUUGGUAUCCUUAAAUACAAACCUCCAGGAAAUGCCACAGACAUGAGUACCUUUCGUCAGGGUUUGGUGAUUGGAAGUAAACCUGUAAUUUACCCAGUGCUCCACUGGCUGCUUCAGAGGAGUAAUGAACUAAAGAAAAGGGCAUAUUUAGCCCGUUUUUUAAUAAAACUGGAGGUGCCAAGUGAGUUUCUACAGGAUGAAACUGUGGCCGACACCAAUAAACAGUAUGAAGAGUUGAUGGAAGCCUUUAAAACCCUGCAUAAAGAAUGUGAGCAGCUCAAAACAUCUGGAUUUUCUACAGCAGAGAUAAGAAGGGACAUCAGUGCAAUGGAAGAAGAAAAGGACCAACUCAUGAAGAGAGUUGAACGUUUGAAGAAAAGGGUGGAGACUGUUCAGAAUCAUCAGCGGAUGCUUAAAAUAGCCAGACAGCUUCGGGUUGAGAAAGAGAGAGAAGAAUUUCUUGCACAACAGAAACAGGAACAAAAGAAUCAGCUGUUUCACGCAGUGCAGAGAUUGCAAAGAGUGCAAAACCAGCUGAAAAGUAUGCGACAUGCUGCAGCGGAUGCAAAGCCCGAAAGUUUAAUGAAGAGGCUAGAAGAAGAGAUAAAAUUUAAUUCAUAUAUGGUCACUGAAAAAUUUCCAAAAGAACUAGAAAGCAAGAAGAAGGAGUUACAUUUUUUACAAAAAGUGGUUUCUGAGCCAGCUAUGGGCCACUCUGACCUUCUAGAGCUUGAGUCUAAAGUCAAUGAAAUAAACACGGAGAUCAAUCAGUUGAUUGAGAAGAAAAUGAUGAGAAAUGAGCCAAUUGAAGGCAAGCUCUCACUGUACAGACAACAGGCAUCCAUCAUUUCUCGUAAAAAAGAAGCCAAAGCUGAGGAACUUCAGGAAACCAAGGAGAAGUUAGCCAACCUAGAGAGAGAAGUGUCAGUAAAGACAAACCAGACUCGGGAAUUCGAUGGCGCCGAGGUUUUGAAGGGAGACGAGUUUAAGAGAUACGUCAGUAAACUUCGAAGCAAGAGUACAGUUUUCAAAAAGAAGCAUCAGAUAAUAGCUGAAUUUAAGGCUGAAUUCGGUCUCUUGCAGAGGACUGAAGAACUGCUUAAGCAACGUCAGGAAACCAUUCAACAUCAACUGCGAACCAUUGAAGAGAAGAAGGGUGUAUCUGGGUACAGUUACACCCAAGAAGAGCUAGAAAGGGUGUCUGCCCUCAAGAGUGAGGUUGAUGAAAUGAAAGGCCGGACCCUGGACGACAUGUCUGAAAUGGUAAAAAAACUGAAUUCACUGGUAUCAGAAAAGAAGUCAGCUCUGGCCCCAGUCAUAAAAGAGCUCCGGCAGUUGCGGCAGAAAUGUCAGGAACUAACCCAAGAGUGUGACGAAAAGAAAGCCCAGUAUGAUAGCUGUGCAGCAGGCCUUGAAAGCAAUCGGUCCAAAUUAGAACAGGAAGUGCGAGGGCUCCGUGAAGAAUGCCUCCAGGAAGAAAGUAGAUACCAUUAUACAAACUGUGUGAUUAAGAACCUGGAAGUUCAGCUUCGUCGAGCGACUGAUGAGAUGAAGGCCUAUGUCUCCUCCGAUCAGCAAGAGAAAAGGAAAGCAAUCAGGGAGCAGUAUACCAAAAAUAUUACUGAACAAGAAAACCUUGGUAAGAAACUCCGGGAAAAGCAAAAGGCUGUACGAGAAAGUCAUGGUCCAAAUAUGAAGCAAGCAAAGAUGUGGCGAGAUCUCGAGCAGCUGAUGGAGUGUAAGAAGCAAUGCUUUCUAAAGCAGCAAAGCCAGGCUUGCAUCGGUCAGAAGCCAUAUAUGGUGGUCUACACCUGUCAAGUCCGGUGCUGGGGAGACUGAGACAGAAGGGCUAGCGGUUUGAGGCCAGCAUGGGCUAUGUGGCAAGAUCAUGUCUCAAAGACAAUAAACCAACACCCAAAAUGAACAAA